AUGGCGUCCGCCCAGAAUGCAGCGCCGAGCCGCCAUUUCAUCAGCGACCUUGUCGUUUCUUCCCUGGCCAUGAAUGCGGACACGGAAUGGACCGAUGCGUACCUCUUCACGCCGUUCAUCAGCGAGCAGGCUUUACUUUACGAGUGCGCCGACUGUUUAGCCGCGCAGACGUUCCUUCGAAUGGCCGGGUUGCCCUAUCAACUCCGCCAACGACCCAAUGCCGAUUUCAUCUCGCCAACCGGCAAGGUCCCAUUUCUCAAGCUGAACGAGACGCUGAUUGCUGAAUUCGCGGGAAUUGUGGGAUUUGUCGCGCAGAAAGGGGUGAACCUAUCGGGCCACCUGACGGAGACCCAGUCGGCAGAGAUGAUGGCUCAUAUGUCGGUGAUAGACCUCCUUUUGCGCAACAUCGAAAUGUGGAUCGUAUGGCGACAUGAUGAUACGUUUUGGAGAACGACGGCCCCUCGGAUAGCUUCGGUAUUCCACUGGCCGCUAACAGUGUUGCUGCCACGAUUGAGGCGCCGUGAUAUGUUUUCCCAGCUCAACGACCACGAUUGGGGCACGAAGACCCUGGAUGAAGUGCUCGAGCUUGCCGACAAGGCUUUCCGCUCCCUCUCGCUACAACUCGGCACAAACGAUUAUCUGAUGGGCGAGCAACCCACAGAAGCCGAUGCUCUGCUAUUUGGCCACCUCUACACAAUUAUGACGACCGCGUUGCCCUGUCACGAUUUGCAGAACUCCCUGAAGAAGUACAACAAUUUGCUGGACUUUGCGACGCGGGUCGAACGCGACUUUUUCAAGCGA